AUGCCCAACAACGUCUAUAUUUCGACCCAUGAAUCCUCAAACAUGAGUCCGCCUUCGUCUCCAGACGGGCCUGUAUCGCCCACCAGCCGCAGAUCUGGGCGCUCAAAGCGAGGCGUUCUGCGAAAUGGAACCUUCAUCCUGCCAGGCACAGGCGAACGUGUGCGGCGUCAGAUAACACUGCGUAAUCCCUUGAACUUCGAUGCCCCAGCUCGCUCUUCCAGCAGCUCUGACGACUCAAUCCUACCUUUGCGAAGGAUCUCAGCCUUCUCUCAAGCCGGUACGUUCCGGACGGCGCUGGAUUCUACGACGGAGGCGUGGUGGGAUCUUUGGGAAUGGCUGCAGACGCCUCUUGCGAAGGGAAUCUUGAAGGCGAGCUUGGCGUAUUUUCUGGGGAGUAUGGGGACAUUUUUGCCGCCGUUGGCGAGAUUCUUGGGGCAUCAGGAUGGAAAGCAUCUUGUAGCUACCAUCACUGUUUACUUUCAUCCGAGCAGAUCACAGGGUAGUAUGCAAGAGGCUAUAUUGCUAGGACUCGGCGCUUUUUUCUACGCCGUUUUCAUCUCGAUCUCCAGUAUGGCCACUGCUGUAUUUUUUGAGUCACAAACGGACAUGAUCGAGCUAGGAUAUAUCAUGGUAGUCAUAGUGUUCAUUGGAGGUGGUCUGGGCUUCAUUGGCUGGAUCAAACAGAGAUACAAUGCCCCUCUGGUCAGUGUCAGCUGCAGUCUAGCUUCUCUGGCCAUCAUUACAGUGACAACCAAGGAGAAUGCCAUCCAAGUCGGUGUCUUUUCCAAUGAUAAGAUUAUCCAAGUCAUGAAAAUGGUUCUGAUUGGCAUGGCAAGCACUUCGCUUGUGAGUCUUCUGGUCUGGCCAAUAUCAGCCCGAACCGAAAUUCGCGAGACUAUGAUUCAGGCCACCGACUCUCUCGAGGAAAUGCUUACUUUGAUUGCACGGGCAUUUCUGAGCGGUUCGGAAUUAGAGCUGAGAUCGGCAACGUUCAAUAAAGCUCAAAACAAAUACAAGUCUGUUUUCUCCAGGCUUCAAACAAAUUUAAAAGAGGCCAAAUUCGAGCACUACCUGCUUGGAACAGAGGAGCAAUACAAGCUACAAGCCAGCCUCGUCACAUCAAUGCAAUCGCUCUCUCAAGCCAUCGGAGGCUUACGAUCAGCGGCUACGACCCAAAUGACGUUACUUAAGGAGAUCCCAACACCCGGAAGCCGGACACCACUUCUACCCCAAAGCUCUCAGCUUCCACUUCCGAUGAUCUCUGGUCGGCAAGACCAGUUCGCCGCAUUAGCUGCCAUUGAAGAGGCGUCAGAGGAAGGAAGUUGCACCGAAGAUCACUUUAGUCAAGGGGACGAACAUCCCAAGGUCACUAGGAAAGCAAGUGGUGUUAGCGUCGUCAGUUCCAUAUUGCCACCUGCCCGCACGACCUCUGAAAUAUUCUCACGUUUUAUCGUUCAUCUCGGACCAUCGAUGAAAUCCCUAACUUACACGUUGAGCCUCAUCCUGAAGGAAUUGCCGUUCAGUGAAGGACCCAAGUACGAGAUCAAAAUCAACUCUCACUUCAUGACAAGUCUUACGGAAGCAAUAAAGCUCUACAGUGGUGCUCGAGCGGAUGCGCUCAAGGAACUAUACCGAAGUAAAGAAUUAGAUCGCGAGAGGCCUGAGAGCAUCGAGGCCGAUUUUGAAGAGGUCGCCGCAAGUUGUGGCCAUUUCUCAUUUUCCCUUCUGACUCUCGCAGAAGAGACGGCACGUUUCCUAUCAAUUCUGUUAGACCUGAAAGAUGAGACUGAGGUGGCGAAGACACGCUCUUGGAAUUGGCUACUUCCAAGCUUUAUGCGGAAGUCGAAGAAGGAUAUUCCCAAUGGCCCAGGCUUAAAUCCUGAGGAAGAAGAGAGGUUGAUUGAGCAGCCCGAACAGAGCGUCAUACCAAAGGAUCUCUCUGAUCUUGUGAUCGAGAGGCGAGAGACAAGACAGCAGAGUUUUACACCACCUGGGCAAGUGUGGAAAUGGGACAUAUACCACAGGAUAUUGAAAGUUGUUUUGGUGCUCUCGAGAGAUGAUGUACGUUUCGCCUUAAAAGUCGGAUUAGGAGCGUCUCUGUAUGCUAUGUUCGCAUUCAUUCCACUGACAAGGCCCUUCUAUCAGCACUGGAGAGGCGAAUGGGGUCUAUUGAGUUACAUGCUUGUUUGUGCAAUGACUAUUGGGGCUUCAAACACUACCGGGUGGAGUCGUUUUAUUGGCACAUUUAUAGGCGCUGCCAUAGCAUGUUUCCUUUGGAGCGUCACACAAGGAAAUCCUUUCGGUCUGGCCUUCUGUGGCUGGAUGGUCAGCUUGCCGUGCUUUUACAUCAUUCUUGCUCGCGGGCAAGGUCCAUUCGGAAGAUUCAUAAUGUUGACCUACAACCUAUCAUGUCUGUAUGCGUACAGUCUGUCGAUAAAGGACGACGACGACGACGAUGACGAGGGAGGUAUAGUCCCUAUAAUUACCGAGAUUGCCAUGCACCGUGUGGUCGCGGUCUUGGCUGGUUGUUUAUGGGGUCUUGUCAUCACUCGAGUCUUGUGGCCAAUCUCUGCCCGGAAAAAAUUUCAGGAUGGCCUCUCGUUACUAUGGCUCAGAAUGGGUCUCAUCUGGAAACGCGACCCGCUGUCAACCCUCCUGGAAGGCGAGUCUCAAAACGAAUACAUGGACUUGAGAGAAGAGUUUGCUCUCCACCAAUACGUCCUUCGUCUCGACAGCCUUCGCAGCUCUGCAAUAAGCGAAUUCGAAUUACGCGGGCCCUUUCCUGCAGUACCGUACAAAAAAAUAUUGGAAUCUACAAGCAAGAUGCUCGAUGCAUUCCAUGCAAUGAAUGUAGUCAUUCAAAGGGACUCGAACGCCAGUGAGGGACAGACCGUUCUUCUCAAGUAUACUGCCGACGAGAGAGCGCAGCUUUGCUCUAGAAUAAGUCACAUGUUUCAAGUACUUGCUAGCUCGCUAAAGCUCGAAUUCCCGCUCAGCGAUGCCCUUCCCAACACGUCGAAUGCAAGAGACAGACUACUUGCCAAGAUAUUCCAGUACAGGAAAACCGCAGCAAGCUCCGAGCACGAUCCCAACACCACCGUUGUGAGGGAUGAGGACUAUGAGAUGAUUUAUGCGUAUAUCCUCGUUACCGGCCAGCUUGACGAGGAGUUGAAGAAGGUUGUGAAAGAGGUGGAGGAUAUGUUCGGGGUGAUGGACGAGCACUUAUUCAGAUUGACUUGA